GCUGUUCCCUUUUAAUUUUUUUAGGCUUUACGAAGGAACCGCGUAAUUUUUAUUGCUUAAUCAUCAUCAAUAAAGAGAGCAGUUUAACAGCUUGCUGCAAACCCUUUACUAAUAUGUCGGCUUUAUACAAUUUGACUGUAAAGACUAUCAAAAACACAGAUUGGGAAUUGAGCUCCCUAAGAGGAAAGAUUGUUUUGUUUGUCAAUGUUGCUUCGAAGUGUGGUUUUACACGUCAAUACAGUGGUCUAGAAGAGCUUUAUAAGAAAUAUAAAGACCAAGAUUUUGAGAUCGUUGGUGCACCUUGUAAUCAGUUUUUGGGUCAAGAGCCUGGCACACCGGAAGAGAUUGAAAACUUCUGCAAAGCCAAAUAUGAUGUGAGCUUCCCUCUUCUCGCUAAAAUGGAUGUAAAUGGUCCUAAUGAAGCUCCACUUUACCACUUUUUGAAGACUUCCAAGCCUGGUGUUCUCGGUUUAACAAGAAUUAAAUGGAAUUUUGAGAAAUUUCUUGUUGACCAUGAAGGUAAUGUUAUUCAACGUUAUUCCUCGUUGACUGAGCCCUCUACCAUUGCCAAGGAUAUCGAAAACCUGUUGCAAAAGCGAGAACAGAAAUAAAGGGAAAACUUCUUCUCUAUAUCUCAAAAUGGAUCAUGGGUCCUUUUAUUCUUUUGCAGCCGAUAGUUGAAGCGAAAACAAGGCCGUUAUUGGCAAAGACAGAAAUAAUCGAAACAUUUUUCCUACGUUGGAAUGGUUCAUACAUCUAGCAUUUCAUAUAAAAUUGAGACGUUACAGAUAAGCAAAUUCUUGCAACCAAAGAGAUUUUGACUGUGCAAAAAUAAACCGCUUUU